GCCCGCCCGCCCUCUUUUCAAUCCGAUCCCCCAUAUAUGCAUGCUGCAUUGCGGUUCUAAUUUGCGAAACCUUGUUUACGUGCUAAAAUUCUCAAAAAUACUUCAAAAUGUCAAGACAAAGUGCCCAUGAUGCUGCUGUCCUCGAUGUGAUUUUCAAUCCUCUUCUGCCAGCAGGUCAAGAAAUUCCCAAAGAACGUCCAGAAGAUACCGUCGAGGCUGAAUUUCAGGAUAAUUCAGAUGAGGCUAAUAGAGCAAAAGAGCUUGAGCUUGAGGGAGUCAAAAGUGCGGAGGCCAAUGAUUUUGACGCUGCAUUGAACUAUUUCAACCAAGCAGUAUCCCUUGCUCCUAACCGGGCUUCAUGCUACAACAACAGGGCACAAGCACUCCGCUUACGUGGAGAUGUGGAUGGAGCCCUUGAGGAUUUGAACAAGGCGAUCGAGCUAAGCCAGGGGACUGGUAAAGCAGCCUGUCAAGCUUACACCCAACGAGGGCUCAUCUACAGACUGGAGAAGAAAGACGACGAGGCGUUAGCCGAUUUCAAACGUGCCGCCAACCUCGGGAGCCCCUUCGCACGCACGCAGGUGAUUCAGAUGAACCCUUACGCUGCCAUGUGCAACCAGAUGUUGACUGAGGUCAUGGGUCGUCUUAGAGAAGGAAAGUGCCAGGAGUGAAAGGGUUAAUGGACUGCCUUUGGGGAAACCGAUGAAUACAGCUGCAUGCAACAGCGUUGGUAUAAAAAUACCAUGACAUUGAAGCUACAUGUACAAUGAAUUGACUUAUUGCAUGCAUCAAGUAUCACCUUUCACAAUGUUGUAAGAGGUGAGGGUUUUACUGUUUCAAACAGUGCUGUGAGAAAAGGCUAUACAAACAGCCAUUGACCCCAACACCCUGAUCUUACUCACCAGAGGGGUGUUUCACAAAGAUUUAAGUAUGACUUAAAUCGCACUUAAGGACGUUCCACAGUUAUGUUUGUGCGCAUUAUGAUCUGCGCAUAUUUACACUCUGCGCGCUGACGUCACAAUGGAUGAACAAGCGAUUAAUUAGCUGUGGUUACGUUAUGAGCUGAUUUUUCUCAUCAUCUGCAUGCUAACUACAGAUCCGAAUCCGAUGCGUUAUUUUAUAAAGCUAAAAACUGGAAUUAUUCCAUGGACCAUUUUUUAAAAUAUGUCUACAAUUUUGAAAUACUUUACUUUGCGAUGCUGCCAAGAAUCACGAAUCUGACCCCGGGUUUGAAUAAAUGGUAGAGUGGUUUUGUUUUUUGUCUUCACACAGAUACAAAGCAUUUGGCGCAUUUUUGGUGUUUUAGAAAGCACAUUUGCUCUAAUAAAAAUACUGAUAGUUUGAAAACAAGCACAUGAACCCCUAUUUUUUAAUGUUUGCACCUCUUAUGUAUACCUUCCUCUACAAAUUUGCAAAUUUUGGUGAAAAUGACAUGGAUUUUAAAUAAAGUGCAGCAUUUUUUGUACUUUUGUAGUUCGUUAUUGAAAUUUCACAUUUUUGAGAUUGGGUUUUGUUAUCUCUUACGCCAUUUUUAAGAACUGACAGUGCUGUUAGACUUAAAAUUGCAAACAAAUAGCACUAUAAAUAGAUUCUCCAUUCUAACAAUACAAUGAUUAACUCUCUUUCAAAAUUUGAUGACUUUUUCAUGUAUCUUGACUGAGUAAUAUAGGUUUAAACUCAUUGUAGUGAUAUUGCGAGGUCUAAAAUAGCCAAAUUCUUUUGAAUGCGCAAUUCUUUAUAUAAGAGCAUCCAUUUAGGUGAACUUUGAAGCUCUGUAGCAAAAAAUCAAGCACAUGGACCUAUGUUAAUUUUUACAUAUUUCGAAUAUUCAGGUUCUAAAGUAUCUAUGUGCAAAGUUUGGUGAAAAUGACAUGGAUUUCACUUUAACUGUGGAACGUCCUUAAAUGAUGACACAUAUCUGAAAUGCAACGCGCAAUCUAAUUGAUCAAUACGCAGUAGUGCGCGUCCUCUUUGCAUGAUCUGACCAAUGCGGUCAUGGCUAGUUAUAUACCGUGGGCAACGAGGCAUUUUAGUUUGACUCUAAGUCAUACUUAAAUCUUUGUGAAACACCCCCCUUGUUCUAAAAAGAAAGAUGAGAUUUAAGUGUUCAUCCUCAGUCUCACCAACUUUUUCUCCCAUUCAUUGUACCUGGGGUUGUUUCAUGAAGCAGCACAUAUUGAAAGAUUUUACUGACAAGUUUGCUCUGAGCCAAUCAGAUGCAUGUAUUUCAUGACAAAAUUGUUUUGAUAAAGAGCUGGUUAUAUAUAUUUUUUUUCAAUACCUAAUUGUGCAAUGUUAUGCAGCCCUGCCAAUGAAUAUACGGUAAGGGAAUAACCUUGCAUUUGGUCCUUGCCUUAUUCUGUUUAUGAAGGAGAAUUUAAUAGUCCUUCACAUGUAGGUAACAUGGUCAUUUUAAAAGUGCACUUGAAAUGAAUCAAGGAUAUUAUUAGGCUUUUGAUCAAGGUUUCAUGAGGGUUUCGGGUAAAGGUUAUAUUAAUGAGGGUUAUUUUCAAAGGGUUUAAAGUGGGUUUGGAUUAAUGUUUCCAUGUACUGAGAGAAUGUGGUAUUACUUGAGAUCAAAGUAAUUUAUUUUAGGGUUGUUAUGAAGAUUUCCGAGGAGAAGGUAUGAGUUGCAAAAGGGGGUUUCAAUUUACUAUUCAGGGUUUGGAUAAUAUAAUAGAACUAAUAUUCUGCUAUUAUAAAGCGCUGAAUACAUCGGAAUAAGGCGUCAGUGGUUAGGGUUACCCUGGAGACUGGAUCCUCGCUUGCCUGCGUACAAUGUGUGCACCUUCUCCUCUCCUCUCCUUGAGGAGCAUUCCAACAUUAAUUUCCAAACUCAAUUGCAUGUGGAGGAGCCGUGUUGUAGUGGUUCUGACUGUCACCUUGUAAACAGAGGGUCGUGUGUUCGAACCCCACCGCGGUCUGGCGUCCUUUGGCAAGGCGUUAAUCCACACUUUUCCACUCUUGACCCAGGUGCUUAAUGGCUACUCAGUAGGAUGUGAAAGUCAUUGUAGCUUGUCCAGUACUGUGUGCACCUCACCGGUGACUGACUGGACUACUCCCAAGGGAGUGGAAAAUGUUUGUGUGGGAAUGACUGAUUGAAUCCUGAUGACCGGGGUUAUAAUAUAUCUGUAAAGCGCUUAGACACGUCGUACCGAUGUAUUAAGCGCUAUAUAAAAGCGGACUAUUAUUAUUAAUUGCUAGGUACAUGUAUACUAUGUAAAGUUUUAUUCAGUUUCAUGUGGAGGAGUAGUGUGAGAUUAGAUUAUUGGUUUGAUAGGGUUCAUACGUUUAGCUAGUGCUUCUUUGGUCUUACCAACGAAACCAAGCAAAAAUAUCAUUGAAAUAGAGCUGACCAUUUUAGUCAGUGCCGACAAAAAAACUUCCUUGAAAUGCGCCCAGAAGCAUGGAUCAUGAUUGUUAGGAAAUGCCUUCACAUCAUUGGAACCGAGGUUUGGUAUUUUGUGCAAUACACUGUAAAUAGUUUUUUGGUUGGAAAUUAAAGUUAAUGAAUUGAAACAUAAUGUUACUUCAGAAUUUGAAAGUGAUGUUUUCAUAUACAUGUAACUGCUAUAAAUCAUGGAUUUUAGUGAAACUCAGUGUUGAGAGUUUACGUCUUCAAGGAAUUUUUUUUUAAUAUGGUAAAUCAUAAAGUUUUCCAUAACCUCCUAAAUGAUGUAGAUGAUGAUUUCAAGUAUAUAUGUGUAUUUUUUUUUAAAUCUACAUUUGGUGCGUGCUUGGUAAUUGUCUCUCUCUUCCUUUGGCAAUUUUAUAUUAUUGUUAAUAUUUUAAAGAAUAAGCUAUUUAUUGUUCCAAGAGCUCUGAAUUUUGUGUUUGUAAGAUAUUUUUGUUUGAUAAACCAUUUCAAUUCUUUUCAUAAUUACCUUAUUUGACGUUUGAUAUAUACACCAUUUCUAUUUUCAUGCCAUUUUAUUGUGGUUAUUCAAAAUAUCAAUUUCCAAUUGUUUGAAAAUUGUGACCUUAUGCUGUGAAUUCAAAUUUGUUUAUGUUCUCUUGCAUGCUUUUGGCACAGAAAAUAUUCAUGAAAAUGAAGCAAUUUCAUAUACUCAUUUUGAUUAUGUUGUAAAUUUCUAUACAGCCAUUACUAUUAUUUGAGUUUUAGUAGCCAUACCAUACCACAUUUUACCUACAGAUUUUACCUUAUCAGAAUUUUAUUGAAUUUAUUUUACCUGAUUUACGUGGCAGCUGCUUGAAUGUGACAUCACUGAUUCAAAACUUUUUAAUGAAAAAUUAUAACUCUUUAUUGCUUAAUAUUCUUUGAUGGAUUUUCCUAAAACCCUCUUUGAUUUGUUUCUCUCACUGUUUUCUAUUGGAAAGAGUGAUUAAUUAAUUGAUUCCAAUAUCAGAUCGGACUUUGCGUUUAUUAAUUUAUAGCGUGGAAGAAAAUUGACAUUUUGAAUUACAUGCAGUGUUAGGUAUCUCAAGAUCAAUAUAAAUUAUUGAGUGUAUGUUAUUUGAUAUUUCAAGGAUUUCAAAGGGCUGAAAAUACAUCUCCAAGUGAAUUUUAAGAUUUGUUGAAUGAUAAUGUUAGUGUAUGUACUGUGUACAAUUUCAUACAAAUAGUAGAGUUAGCGGACUAGAAGUUCAAGAAAAAAAAAUUGUAUAUAUAUUAAAUUAUAUUUG